AUGAGUUCCCAUCAUGGCGUCCUUGACACUCUCGACCCUGGCUCUGCUAGUUCGAAUACCAGCAGAAGAUCCACGUCGACCGUCCGUCCUCGCAACCCCCGUCUGAUAUCGCUCGAUGAUGCUCCUGACGGAGACUAUGGACGGCCAAUGCUGUCCAGCGGACUCUCGACAACGACGCUCGCACGGGAAUCUUCAACGAUCCGAUCACGAGGCGCCACCCCGUCCCCCCACACAUCCCGCGGGGCGUCACCCCUUCCGAUGCGGCAUCCGUCGCGCGCGACCGAAUCGCUGAAUCGUGAUAAUCUGAAUGGAUACGGCGUCUCUCUAGGCGGCCUUAGCCAGACAACAGGCAAAGGACAGACCACCGUCGCUGAUUCCUCGCGGGCCGCGGUCGACUUCUUGGAUGCCUCUUGGACGUCGUUACAGAGCCUGGCUUCUUCAUUCUUGGGAAGCGAUAUCGCCCGACCUGCGCCAAAUGGAAUUGUGCGUACCCAUGUCCGGAAACAUUCGCGACCAGAUCCGUACAUGAGGGAAGUUUCGAAGACGUCGACACUGUCGUCUUGGGGUCCAUCGUCCACAACAGAGAUCGGAGCUGGGACACAGGAGGAAAGACAGGCUCUGGUGCAGGCGAAGAAGCGCGAGGCUCUGCUUUUGGCAGAUACGGGGCCUAUCUCAAAUCGCGACAUCCGGCAUAAGAGACGAGAUUCCAGUGACCAGAAUGGUCAUUUGGCAAUUGAUCCGGAGCAAGAUGAAGAUGCUCUAGCGUAUAUACACCAUGUCCAACCGAACGACAGCAUCACAGGAGUCGCGAUCAGAUAUGGUUGUCAUCCCGCAAUCUUCAGGAAGGCGAAUGGGUUUUGGCCCAGCGAUAGUAUUCAGAGUCGGAAAACUGUCCUCUUGCCAGUUGCUGCCUGCACUGUGAAAGGACGGCCGAUUCCUGUCUUCCCACAAGUUGAUCUUCUCGGGAGUAACAAUGCACAUCACAAUUCACUUGAGGAUUUGAGCGGAAGCUCUAUAGCCCCUACACUGGAUUCGGAUGCUCACACUUCAUCCAAUGAGGAGACAUCAGCAGAACCGAUGCCUGAGGUCGAGGGGGAUAGGAUCUGGCAGCAUGAGUCGUGGGUCCAGAUUGAUGGAUUUCCUGCGCGAGUUGAGAUUGGCCGUGUUCCUCGAAAAGCUCUGGGAUUCUUCCCACGUACACGACGAAAAUCUGUGUCCUAUACCGACUCCGAACCCCGCUCUCCAAUAUCUGGUCAUGAAAGAACCGCAACCCUUUCCUCGACGCUCUCGUCACCGACUAACUCACCACCGAUAAGACAUGCUGUCGCACCGGAUUGUCCCGAUGUAGGUCCUCCCCGAUCACGGACAAUAUCCUCAUUCAAGCCGCGCCCACAUCAUCAGCGCCAACGUAGCAACAUCCAGUUUGUCGGAACAGGCGUUGGCACGCUCGAUCGCAGUGCGAUGGCUCCAGGGCCGGCUCUUGAUGGGCUAAGUAAGUUUGUCGCACAGCAUCUGCCGAAUCUAGCCCCUCCUCCAGCACCACAAGGGCUGCGGAGAACACCAUCGGAAUACGCGUCGGCUACAGUGCCUGGUCCCUCGACUAGCCUUGAGAAUAUCGGAGGUGCCGUUGAAGGCUGGGUGAGAAAGAUGACAACCCGAGCGAAGGUUGGUCUCAGCGAACUACAGCAAGGAGCUCAAACGUAUCAGAGCAAUAGCUGGGGCGUGGGGACCCCAAGACGUGGGAUGGGAGAUUUGAUUGAGUUGAAUGAUGGUUUGGAAUCCAGAAACUCGCCCAACAUCCCGAGUGUGAACCAGCGGAAACCUGAUCUGAGUCGAUCGGUAUCAAGUUUGCAUGAUACCUCGUCAUUGAGGGGACGAUUCCGUAGCCCUUCAUCGUCUGGAACGAGCAGGACUCGUACGGGUGAGACAGGCACGGGCUACGGAGAUAGGGUCAAGGAUGAUUGA